AUAUAUAUGGGAUGCCAGGAAAUGGUGGUGCUGAUUGGCUAUGAAACAGUCAAAGAGGCAUUGGUGAACCAGGCAGAGGCAUUUGCAGAGAGGCCCAUUGUCCUCAUGUUUGAGGAUUAUGCAAAGGGCUUUGGUAUUAGUUUUGCUCAUGGUGAGAACUGGAGACAGAUGCGGCAGUUUUCAUUAUCUGCAUUACGGGAUUAUGGAAUGGGCAGGAGGAUUGUUGAAGACAAAAUCACUGAAGAAUGCAGUAUCUUGACAAAAGCAUUUGAGACUUAUAAGGGAAAGCCAUUUGAGCCAGCAACAAUUCUGAAAGCUGCAGCUGCUAAUAUCAUAGAUUCUUUUUUACUUGGCAAGAGGUUUGAAUAUGAAAAUGCUACACUUCUACUGGAAAUACUUGAAGAAAAUAUACACCUUGCAGGAACCCCUGCUAUAUUGAUGUAUAAUGUGUUUCCCAAGUUGGGAUUCCUUUUGGGUCUUCGUAAGACAAUAACGAAUAACCAAAAAAAGUACUAUGAUUUCAUACAGGCGACAUUCCUUGAAAAUCUCAAAGAGUUUGACGAAAAUAACCAAAGGACUUUUAUUGAUGCAUUUCUUGUUAGUCAGAAAGAG